GACGAUAACCCUAACCGAUCCCACCCUGCUCCCUCUCCCCCUGCUAUAAAAGGACCGUAAGCACACUAUACAAAGUGAUAUAUCUUCUCCGUCGCUUGCUCUCAUCUCAUCAUCUUUCUCGAUCUCCGCGGAUGGCUGCGAACUCCAUCCUCGCCAACGGCGGCAAGGGGCCGUCGCCCGGCCGCCUCGCGGCGGUGUACAGCGAGGUGCAGACUAGCCGCCUCAACCACUCCCUCCCCCUCCCCUCCGUCGUUAGGGGACCCUUCAAGAUCGUGGACGGCCCUCUGAGCUCCGCCGCCGGGAACCCCGAUGAGAUCAAGAAGCUGUUUCCUAAUCUUUUCGGCCAGCCCUCCGCCACGCUAGUUCCGACGGGUUCCGCUCCUUCGGAGAUGGCUGGGAGUCUUAAGGUCGGAGUGGUGCUCUCUGGAGGCCAGGCUCCCGGUGGGCACAAUGUCAUCUCUGGGAUCUUUGAUUACUUGCAGGAUCGAGCCAAGGGGAGCACGCUGUACGGAUUCAAGGGAGGUCCAGCAGGGAUCAUGAAAUGCAAAUACAUGGAGCUCACUUCAGAGUACAUCUAUCCUUAUAGAAAUCAGGUAUCUGGCUCGCCCUAAUAGUUCUGGAUUAACCAA